CUCAAUUAUCAUUGAUAAAAAUGCUGUUGACAGUUUCCUAGUAAUGUGAUGUAGGGUGAAGGGAGGAGACACUUAGGUAUAGAACCAACCUGGACAUGGGGAAGUAGGGUGUUGUGCAUGAGGAUCCUCCUUAAUUUGGGCAAUGACAUCAACACUACUCCCAUGUUAGUCUGUAUAAAUCAGUCAGAUGGAUUACUUCUGCAUCAGAUUGAUCCCCAUCUGACUGGAGAGCUCUGAGAAAGGUCUCAAGACAAUAAUGGAGAUGAAUGCUACGCCUUCUGUUCAAAUCAAUGCAACAGAUGUGUAUGAGGACUAUGAGCAUUUCGAUGAGUAUCUUGAGCUGAGAAAGUCCCUCCACAUCAUGUCUCUUGUCGUUUACUCACUGACCUUCAUUCUUGGCGUGCUUGGAAACGGAGUGGUAAUCUGGGUGACCGGCUUCAAGAUGAAGAAAACCGUUAACACAGUUUGGUUCCUCAAUCUUGCUGUGGCCGACUUCCUCUUCACGGCAUUACUGCCUCUGAGUGUGACAUACCUGGCUCUGGAUUUCCACUGGCCUUUCGGCAAGUUCAUGUGCAAGCUGAGCAGCACAAUGAACUCUCUGAACAUGUUUGCCAGCGUCUACAUUCUGGUGGUGAUCAGCGUGGAUAGAUAUGUGUCUGUGGUGUGGCCUGUCUGGGCCCAGAACCACCGAAAUGUCCGCAGGGCUUCCUUUGUCUGUUUGGGUGUUUGGGUACUUGCUCUGAUUGUCAAUGUUCCAAACUUCGUCUUCAGGGACACGGCUCCAUCAUUUGUCAGUGAGGACACUGUCAGCUGCUUCAACAACUACGCUCUCAUUGAUUAUUUUGAUGAUUAUGACAAAGUGGCCGUGGACCGGCUGCGAAAGCUUCGUCAUAGGGCCGUCACCAUCACCCACUUCCUCCUGGGAUUUGUUAUCCCCUUCACUGUUAUUGUUUUCUGUUAUGUUGUAAUAAUCUACCGCCUCAGGAGAAACAGCACCCUUGCCAGCCAGUCAGGCCGAGCCUUUAAGAUCAUCGCUGCUGUUAUCAUCACUUUUUUCCUGUGCUGGGUUCCUUAUCACAUCAUGGCUCUAAUUAACAUGGUAAAUUACACGGCUACAAAUGAAAGCCCAAUGUUACACCAUGUCAUCAUUGCCGGGAUCCCUAUAACUAGCAGUCUGGCCGUCAUCAACAGCUGCGUGAACCCGCUGCUGUAUGUUUUCAUGGGCCAAGAUUUCAAGGAUAAAGUCCGCAAAUCCAUCCUGAAUGUGCUGGAGACCGUCUUCCAGGAAGACUCCUCUGGAUCUCAAGCUGAUACAAAGUCCACGGAGACCAGUCAUAGCAAGGACAGGUCAACUCUUAGUACUGGGGUGUGAGACUGUCCAUGAGAUAACUAAACAAAUACCAAAACUGUACAACUGUAACUGAAUUUUUUUCAUCUUUUUUUUUUUUUUUUCAAAAUUUUCUCUUGGAAAAAUUUCAGUUUGAUUGAUAGGAACUGACCCUUUAAUGGAAACGGACACUUUAGUGAUUGGCUAAGUGGUCACAUUUAAUCUUUCAGAGCAAAUGCUGCUCCAGGUGCAGUCUUGGAGUUAUAGACUUAGUGCAUAUGCAGUGCCAUGUUUUGGGCAAAAGAACCCAGCAGUAAUGUGCCAAAUCAAUACAAUUUAAAUUUGUGCAAAACAAGCAACCAUAAACUUUGAUGACAAAGGAAAAAAGUGCUCUUUUUAUCUGUUAUGACCAGCCUGGUUGUUUAAAUCCCAUGAUUGUAGACUGUAUUUGUGUCAUUUUGGCAUUUGACUGUCCCUACAGAAGCCUCCUCUUGGUUGAUAGGCACCAGUUUCAGGUAUGGGUCUUGUAAUGAAAUAUAGUAAGUACAGGAAUUUUCACAUGGUAGAACAUCACAAAAUAUUUAUCUGAUCUACUUUGGUCUGCAUACAAAAUAAAUGUUUAACUGAAUUUAGAUUUCUACAUAUUUACCACAUUCUUCGAUCAACAUCUGUUGUAUAUUCUUACUGUAAGGAAAGGCUGUUUAAGCCAAAUAAAUACAUAUAGUAGUUCUAAUGUAAGUAAAAGCUGCAUUUACUUGGCUAAGUUUACAAUUUUGGUCCUCUUUGUUAUGUUCUUGUUUAUAGUCUUUCGUCAUUAUAUUCCUGUACCAGCAGAGGGAACUGUUCCACAUGAUUAAGUACACUUAAGUCAGGAUUUGUGAACAUGUAAAUAUUUAUCAUAGAACUAUCAGUAACUUUUACAGCAUUGUGUGUCAUUCCCUUUUAUUUGUGAUUUGAGAUAGAUGGAAUAGUUAACAUGUAAAUAUAAAUCUUUAUUAAUGGUGUAUGCAAUAUAUUCUUAUAAUCCUCUGUCCUUUUAAAAAAAGUUAUGUAUGAUAUGAUCUUAUAAUAAAGACAUAUUGAAUCAAAAAA